GAAAUAAUUCUUCCUCGAGAAAACAAUCUUUUUUUUUCUAUCACUAUCAACACACCUUCGCUUCUUCUUCUUCUUCAUCUCACCUACUUUUUCAACUCUGUCUAUUUUCUCAAAUCUUGUCUUUCUUAUUAAUUUAAAUUUGUGUUUUUAUUUCUUUAAAGAAUUAGUGUGAUGGGUUGUACAAGUUCAAAGCUGGAGGAUCUUCCAGCGGUAGCUCUUUGCCGUGAACGGUGCUCAUUCCUAGAAGCGGCGAUUCAGCAACGUUACCUAUUAGCGGAAUCACACGUGGCGUACACUCACUCGCUUAAAGGAAUAGGUCACUCACUCCAUCUCUUCAUCAACCACCACCACCGUCUCGUCGAUUCUCCCAGACUCAACCUUCCUCCUCAAAGAAAAGGCGACCCCGAAGAACAAGUAAACGACCAAACAGGAGUAAAUUCACCUAAAAAACCAAAAAAUCUACCUUCUUCUCAUCCGGGUCCGGGCUCUGAUAAUGACUCGGGUCAUCUCGAGUUCGACUCGGACUCGGAUUCGGAUUCCGAUGAAGAAGGCGAUUUGGAUUCUUUACAUCACCACUCUCCUCACCACCACCAUCUCGGGAAUUUCGAGUCCGGACCUUACAUGGAAGCACAACCGGGUUAUACCCGGUACCCGAACCCGGAAAUGAUGGGUCAUCUUCCUCCUCCUCCAUCAUAUAUGCACAUGAAUUACAUGAAGAACAGUUCAAUGCCUCCUUCUGUCAUCUAUGAGCAAAGACCUAGUAGCUCUCAAAGAGUCUACAUAGGUGAAUCAUCAUCUUCUUCUACUUACCCUUAUUUCGGAUACUCAAAUCCUGGACCCGGACCCGGAUACUACGGUUCUUCAACUGAUGCUCCAGCUUCUAAACCUCCUCCCUCCCCGCCUAGGUCUAACGGGUGGGAUUUCUUGAAUCCCUUCGAGGCUUACUAUCCUUCUUAUUCUCCGAGUCGAGAUUCUAGAGAGCUUAGGGAAGAAGAAGGUAUACCUGAGCUGGAGGACGACGAUUCUCAGUACGAGGUUGUUAAGGAAGUUCACGGUGGUAAUAAUAAACCGACUCCUGCCGUUGUUUACAGUGAAGAGUCUGAGUCUGAGUCUCCGGGGGUGUCUGUUGAUGAAUCCGGCGCUAGUACUAGUGGUGGAGAUGCGUCUAUGUUUCAGACUAGACCGAGCGUGUCAGUGGAGAAGAAGGGAGUUGAGUACGAAGUGCACGUUGUUGAGAAGACGGUUGUUGAAGAUGGCGGAAACGGGAGCAAUGCCACGGCGGCACGUGGAGGAGGUGGUGGGCCACGUGCGGUGCCUGAGGUUGCGAAAGAGAUUGAGAAUCAGUUCGUGAAAGCUGCAGAGUCAGGAAGUGAGAUCGCUAAGUUACUUGAAGUUGGGAAGCAUCCCUACGGUCGGAAACAUGCUUCAAAAUUGUUGCACGGUGUUACUACUCCUUCUACUUCUGUUGCUGAGCCACCAACGUAUGCAGACAUUGAAGAAGAGCUUGCUUCAAGGUCAAGAAACCUCUCUUCAACAUUGCACAAACUCCAUCUCUGGGAGAAGAAGCUUUACCACGAAGUGAAGGCCGAGGAAAAAAUGCGUUUAGCUCACGAGAAAAAGGUGAGGAAGCUAAAGCGUUUGGAUGAAAGAGGUGCUGAAGCUAGUAAAGUGGAUACAACACGGAAGCUAGUAAGAGACAUGAACACAAAGAUACGGAUUGCUAUUCAGGUUGUGGAUAAAAUAUCUGUGACGAUUAAUAAGAUUAGAGAUGAAGACCUGUGGCCGCAACUGAAUGCAUUGAUCCAAGGGCUUACAAGAAUGUGGAAAGAAAUGCUUGAGUGUCAUCAAAGUCAGUGCCAGGCUAUAAAGGAAGCUAGAGGGUUAGGGUCUAUAAAAGCUAGCAAGAAGCUAGGAGAUGAACAUCUAGAGGCAACUAGUUUGCUUGGUCAUGAGCUUAUAAACUGGAUACUAGGAUUCUCUAGCUGGGUUAACUCGCAGAAAGGUUAUGUAAGUGAGUUGAAUAAAUGGCUCAUGAAGUGUCUUCUCUAUGAACCGGAGGAAACAGCUGAUGGUAUCGCUCCUUUCUCGCCUGGUAGGCUUGGAGCUCCACCAAUCUUUGUGAUCUGUAACCAAUGGUCUCAAGCUUUGGACAGGAUCUCUGAGAAGGAAGUGAUUGAGGCAAUGCGUAGUUUCACAACAAGUGUGCUUCAGCUUUGGGAGCAAGAUCGGUUAGAAACGACCAUGAUGGGGCAGGAGAAAGUUAGGAACAUGGACCGGGAGGAACAGAGGAUACACAGGGAGAUUCAAGCACUUGAAAAGAAAAUGGUUCUUGUGGCUCAUGGUGAUGGUCUUUCGGUGUCUGGGAACGUUGUUUAUCAGAGUGAUACUAGUAACGAUAGUUUACAAGGUAGUUUGCAGCGGAUUUUUGAAGCCAUGGAGAGGUUCACUGAUGAGUGUAUGAGAGCUUAUGAUGAUCUCUUGGUGCGUGCUGAAGAAGAAACUGCUCCUAGAGAAGUUGAGGAAAGUGAGGAAGAAUUGUAA